AUUCCACCAAGGUACUGCAAUAUGUUUGUGCCUCUUUGAAGUAUUUGCACCGCUAUUUGAUAAGUUCCUACGUGGAACGGAACGUUCCACAGCUGUCAAAAUAAUUUUACAGAACCUAUUGUAAUUGUUUAAGGGUUCAUUGACAUCAUACUCGAAAUCCAAAAGUAAUUGAUUAACAGUUUCAGAAUAAAGAUCCCAAUUAACGAGACGUAGGUUUAUACGAUUUAACAAAAGUUUAUUAACUUCAUCUAUAGGAGCAUGUUGUUCACCUGACGGAGUUGAUGAAGAGUUCUUUGUGUUUAUUUUAGUAAAAGUCGGCAGGUGAUAACUUCCUAACGGAUCAUCAUGAACCGACCACUCGCAUUUUAAUGAUAUGGAUGGGGAUACCAUAGUUAAAUCAAGGCCAUUGGGUCUCCAAAUAUGAGAGCCAACAGUAGUAACUUGCUUAUCAUUUAAUAGUACCAAAUUACAUUCAUCUAAACAAUCAAGAAUGUCUUUACCUCUUGUAUUAGUGGAGGUACAACCCCACAUAGUAUGAUGUGCAUUUAAAUCUCCAGAUAUGAUAGUGGGUUUAGGAAGAGACUCCAAAAAGAACUUAAAUUUGGCUUUAGUAAAACUAGGUGUACUAUUGGUAGGACAGUAAAUACUGGCAACUGAAUACCAAGAAUUAUUAACUUCAAUACUAAUAGCUAUAGUUUGCAAAGAAUUGUCGAAAAAAGAGUGAAGUUUUUUAUAUCUAAUACUAUUAUGUAUAAUAAUCGCUACUCCAUUGUGGUUAUUACCACAAUCAUUUCGUUCUAUACAAUAAUCUUUAAUUUUUAAUUUGUAAUGUGGUUUUAGCCAAGUUUCUGAGAUGAGAGCAAUGUGAAUAUGAUGUUCAUUUAAAAAUUGUGUAAAAAUAUGUCGAUUGCUCAGUAGGCUCUGAGCGUUCCACUGUAUGAUAGUUAAUUGGUCUCGAUUGAAUUUUGUGAAAUAGGUCUAUUACCAAAAGUAUCAUAUAACACAUUCAAAACACUUUUAGUGUUAAUAGAUGUGUUCUUUGUGUUAUGUAGUGAAAUAAGUUUGAUUAUGCUUUCUAUUAAAAGUGAUAAACUCUUGUUAUCAGAAUUUAGAAUUGAAAUUAGGUCUACAUUUUUUUUAGGUUUGUUACCCAGUUUAGGAAAUAUUUCAGUGCUAAGUAUAUCUCCAAAAGAAGCAGGUCUGAAUUUAGAUCUAUUUUCAGCAAUUUUCUUUUGUUUAACAGGGCAUUGCGGUGAUACACUUGUGUGAUUUCCAUUGCAGUGUACACAAAUAGCGUUUUCCAUUCCAGUUGUACAAGUUUUAUAAUUAUGCUCACCUUUGCAGAUGCUGCAACGCUCAGAAUUCUUACAGAAUUUAGCUAAAUGUCCAUACCUCAAGCACCGGUAGCAUUGUUUAACUGGUGGUAUAUAUGGAGUGACAUUGUGGCGCCAACCUCCAAUAUCCAGAUAUUCAGGUAAUACAGAUGCAGCAAAAGUAAUUGUCACGGUUAGAGUUGGCUGUAACACAUAUCCAUGAGUCAAGGUAUUUUUUCUUAAAAUUCUUUUAAUAGCAAUAAUUUUCUUAGAACUCGAUAUCAUAGUAUAUAUUUUUUUAUUAGAUAUAUUUGUAGGUACAUUUCUAAUAACGCCUGUAACUUCUGUUGAAGAAGCAGGAAUACUGGCCUUAAAAUGGUAGUCAUUUAAAAAAGUUUUAUUAUUUAAAAAAGCAUUGGCUAAGUCUGGCUUUUGAAAGUAUACUCCGAUUUUGAAUUUAUUUAUAGAUCUAAGAUAAGUUACCCCUUUAUUAAAUCGUUUUAAACAGGAGGAGAGUGAGAGCAAGUCUCUGGAUCCAAUGGUUUUCUGACUAUCUGAGGAUUCUACAAAGACAACAAAUUCUGUCCCAGGGGAUUCCUCGGGAUAUCUUCUAAUAUAAUCUGUGACGUAGUAAGGUUUAUACUUAUCGGCCUUAUCAAUUUCAGAUUCUGAGUCAGUAGAAGUAUCUUCCGAAUAUAUAUCCUUGUCAUUACAAGGUUCAUGGUCUACAUCACCUGAAUCGUCAUCUUUUUUUUUUCCUUUUUCUACAACUGCGCUUCCCCAUGAAUGCUAAUUAUAUUACUGUCGCUGAAUUUAGUGAAAAUAUAAUAUUUUAUUCAAUAAUAAGAAUUGAUAGAGAUAGUUUUAAUAAAUUAAUAAAAAAAAUUUAAAAAACCCGCUUGUUCUUAUUCGAGUUUCCCCAUAUAUUUUGUUUCUGUCAGUCAAAAAGGUGUCUGUUUUGAGGCGCCAUUUCUCAAAUUUCUAAUCACUAAAAUUUAACAUUUAAUUUAAUAUUACAGGGAAAUAUUUAUUUCUUAAUAUUAAUUUAUUUAAAAAAACAAUAUAAAGUAAAUUUCUAAUUGAUUAUAAACUCAGUUUAUGAUGGUCUACAAAAUGAUAACUUCGCAGAACUAUCGAAUUAGAAUAAUACAUUAAAAGAUAAAUUUGAUGAAUUAACAGUUCAGAAUCGACCCCAUAGAUUUAGUUUAAAAUUUUGAAUGAAAUUAUUUGUUUUUAUUUUUAUUAUCUUUUUCUCAGUCGAAUCUAGAAAAUCGUAAAUGGAAAUAACUUGAAGACGGUGCAAAAUAUAUGUAAUUAACUAGUUUUAAAAAUUAUCAUGGAUAUAAAUAAAUUGAAAAUAUGUGCCACAUGCUUAAGCACGGAUCGAAGUUUGAUUCUUGUGAAGGAUGUAAAAAAUUUUAUGAAAUUCUCAAAGAUUAAGAGGCCAGAUCUGACUGUCGUCCAUAUAUGUUGGGAGUGUGAUGCCAUAGUGAAAAAAAUUUUAGCAUUCAGGGAGAAAGCUAUAAGGGCUCAGGCUGUUAUUAGUCAUAUAUUAGAAAAUAAUUUGUUCCAAACAUCUAUUAAACAUUUAUCCAGUUUAACUCGAAGUUCAGUGAAAAUUUGUCAAGUCAGUUGUGAGGUUACAACUCGUGGCAAGACCCCAAACGAUGAGACUCUUGAAGAACAGCCAGUCGACGUUUCGGAUGCAGAUGAUCUCACCAAGUACUGCAUACAAUAUAUGGCUUGUGACACUGAAAAUAAUGAUGGUGAUGAAAUAGAAAGAAAUGAAGAUGAAGCUGUGAAACAAAAUGACGGAAAAGAAGUACCUCAUAAAUCACAUGGAGGACAUAGCCUGAAAGCAAUAAACUCAAGCCAAAACAUAUACAGUGUCAAAGUAAUCGGUGAAGGGGAAUUGAUGAAGGCCAGAGAGGACAGAAGAGACAGUAUUAAAUUCCAGAAAUCUCUAUACAAAUGCCUGACAUGUGUCGAGUACUUUAGGGAUAAAAAAAUAUGGCAGGACCAUCAGAUGAAGCAUUUGAAGGAAAAUAAAUUUGAAUGCACAAUAUGUGCACAACGAUUUCCGGUUAAGGCAGCAUUGAGUUACCACAAGGAAUUGCAUUAUAGGAGCUACACGUGCCGGACGUGCCUGGACGUGUUCCCCGAUGAAUACUCCGUGGACAGGCAUUACCAGGACGAGCACGACGAAACCAGAUAUCAAUGUGGGGACUGCGAUGCGACGUUACCAAACAAACGGUUAUACAUAAAACAUAGACGUGCAGUACACAAAAAGAUGGUGGCCUGUCCUCAUUGUGAGAACAUGUAUACAAAUAGUAGCAAUUUGAAGAGGCACAUUACGACUCAUAUGGAGAGGAAACUUUUGAAGUGCGAUGCUUGCCCGAAACAGUUCCGUACUCACUUCGGCCUGAAAAAUCAUAAGGCUUCACACCUCAAUCAGAGAGACGAGAACGCCUACUGCGUAGAAUGUGACAUACAGUUCAAGGAUGUGUUCAUUUACCGAAAUCACCUGCGGUCUACGUUGAAACAUAUAUCCAAAGAACAUUCCAGGUUUCCGUGUCCGAAGUGUGACAGCAUUUUUUUAACUAUGUCAUACCUGAAAGCCCAUAUACAGUACAGCCACAAUGAAGAGAAAAAAUAUGUCUGCCAACAAUGUGACAUGGUAUUUAAGGCGAAAUUGUUACUUCGUAGACACAUUAGUACUAAACACGAGAAUAAGCCAAGAAAGCUGUACACUUGUGAUGUAUGCAAUAAAAAAUUCACGCACUUUCUUCCACGCACAACCACUCUUUGGAAUCAACUUCCUGCAGCAGUAUUUCCGAACCGUUACGACACCAUAACCUUCAAGAAAAGAGCAUAUCCCUUUUUAAAAGUCUUUAAACGCAUUUCGGGAUCAUAAAAACACACACACUGGUGCUCGACCGUAUAUAUGCAAUUCUUGCGGGGCUACCUUCGGGUUUAAGGCUGCCCUUUACAACCAUAACAAGUUGGUACACUUGAGGAAUAAGUCGAAAGGAAAAGUUGCGAAUACGCGCGAAAUAAAGA